GCUCUCUGACCGUUAAGAAAGAAAGAGGCGGGCCCUCUGGAAUGAUGAGGAAGGUUGUGUUGUCAACAACAGAACGUGGGAAAAUUGUCAAAUAAAAGACGAGCAUUUUAGUGGUGUAAACUGACAUCAAUUCUAAGGGACAAUGACCCAACACACCUCCAGACUAUUUGACCAAGAAGGAGAGUGAUGGAGUGCUGCAUCAGAUGACCUGGCCUCCACAAUCCCCUGGCCUCAACCCAAUUGAGUUGGUUUGGGAUGAUUUGGACCGCAGAGUGAAGGAAAAGCAGCCAACAAGUUCUCAGCAUAUGUGGGAACUCCUUCAAGACUGUUGGAAAAGUAUUCCAGUGAUUUUGGCUUAUUGACACAGAGGGGACCAUGGGGAACACUAACACCGGUAUGGGUACGGGACACAGGCGGGACAGCCGUGCCAAGGAGGGCGACAGGCCUAAAAUCCUCAUGGACAGUCCAGAGGAUGCUGAUAUGUUCCAUGGAGAGGACAUCAAGGCUCCACUAGAGAAAGAGGAGUACCUUGCAUGGCGGCAGGACCUGGAGGCUGAUAAAGGGCCCACACUGGACCGCCCCACCGUGUUCCGCUGGACUGGAAGCGGAAAGGAGGUCUUUCUGUCCGGUUCCUUCAACAACUGGGCCAACAAGAUUCCCCUAACCAGGAGUCAGAACAACUUUGUGGCAAUUGUGGAUCUGCCUGAAGGGGAGCAUCAGUAUAAGUUCUAUGUGGACGGCACGUGGACCCAUGACCCAGCUGAGCCUGUUGUAACCAACCAGCUAGGCACAGUCAACAAUGUCAUCCAAGUGAAGAAGACUGACUUUGAGGUGUUUGAUGCACUUAUGGUGGACUCACAGAAAUGCUCUGAUAUGUCAGGUCAGUGUCAAGACCUGUCUAGCUCUCCUCCCGGACCCUACCAUCAGGACCCUUACAUACCCAAGCAGGAAGAAAAGUUCAAGUCUCCGCCCAUUCUCCCACCUCACUUGCUACAGGUCAUCCUAAACAAGGACACAGGAAUCUCUUGUGACCCUGCAUUGCUCCCAGAACCCAAUCAUGUCAUGCUCAAUCACCUCUACGCCUUGUCCAUCAAGGAUGGUGUGAUGGUGCUUAGUGCGACUCAUCGCUACAAGAAGAAGUAUGUCACCAGCCUGCUGUAUAAGCCGAUCUGACCAGAGGUCUAUGGCGUCUCUGCCUUUGCACCACAGACACCACAGCUUCUCACAGCACAGCCUCCAGCAUUACACUUGUACAUAUCUCAGUUUAGAAUGAUUUCUAUCACCCCAAUCUUCCUCAGUCUGCCUUUCCUCUUGUUCAAUGACUGCCAUCCCAUUUGCUGAUCACCAGCCUUGCUUUGUUAUAGACAUAGAGGAGUACUAGGUAGCAGACUAGUUACGCAUAGGAAGGAUAGAGACGUUUUAGGGGUGGUGGUGAAUUCUGACUGAUAAUACGUAAGGGUUGUGUUGUGACCUGUGCUUGAUGACAGGAGGUCCCUUCAUCAGACAAGAACAGGAAAUAGUAUAACAGGAAGUAGUAGGUAAGAUGCAGUAUCAUGGAAAACCAUACAGUGUUUGAUUUUGGACAGAUGCCCCAGUGUUCUGUACAGUAGUAAUAAUCAUGGAUUUUGCCAGUGGAGUUUUUUUCCUGCCUUUUUAUUGUGAUUUUCUCUUCAGCCUCUGUUACUUGCCAUUUGGCCAGUGUGCCUGGCCUUUGUAUCAUUAUGCUUCACCAGCUAUAUCCGUUUGCGUAUCAGUGCACAUGUUUUAUUUAAAUAGUAGUAAGUUAAGUAAUCAUUAGAUAGUGCUGUGUAUAUUUUCUAAAUUACUAUAUAUGGUCUAAAACACCUCCCUUACAUGUGAAUCCAAGGGACCAACUCAGUGCGGUGACAGACAAGCAGAGUUGGAGAUGGAUUAAUGAGGCUUGAAGCUCCUUUGACAUCCUUGUUAAUGUAACCCUCUUGGACCAUGUUGUGUACAUUUUUCUUCUUUGUUUCCAGAUUUCUAUCCCAAUAAAGAUAAUUGAUUUUAUAGCA